UCAUCAGCCUUCUUGUCUUGAGUUUCAUUGCCACUGUCCCCAACACCAUUUUUUCUUUUCCUCUGAGGCCAUUAUUACUUCUUCUUCUUCUUCCUAUUCUUUCUUCCAUUCUCUCUUCGUUAAUUUGUCCGUAUACAUUUUUUGGGCUCUUGGAAGCAAUGGUGGGUGGUGGCAAUUCCAAAUCCGACAUCUCCUUCGCUGGCACAUUCGCCAGCAGUGCUUUCGCUGCAUGUUUCGCCGAGGUGUGUACUAUUCCUUUGGACACUGCCAAAGUUAGGCUUCAGCUUCAAAAACAGGUUAUAGUUGGUGAUGCAGUGACCUUACCUAAAUAUAGGGGUUUGAUGGGAACGGUUGCAACCAUUGCCAGAGAAGAAGGUCUUGCAGCACUCUGGAAGGGGAUUGUGCCAGGGCUACAUCGUCAAUGUUUGAAUGGUGGUUUGAGAAUUGCGUUAUAUGAGCCUGUUAAGAAUUUCUAUGUUGGAGCUGACCAUGUUGGAGAUGUUCCAUUGUACAAGAAAAUUCUUGCUGGAUUUACAACUGGUGCUAUAGCAAUUUCAGUGGCCAAUCCAACUGAUCUUGUGAAAGUCAGACUUCAAGCAGAAGGAAAAUUACCUACCGGUGUGCCUAGGCGCUACUCUGGAUCAUUAAAUGCUUAUUCAACAAUUGUGAGACAGGAAGGAGUUGGAGCGCUUUGGACUGGAAUUGGUCCCAACAUAGCAAGAAAUGGUAUCAUUAACGCUGCUGAACUAGCCAGCUAUGAUCAAGUGAAACAGACUAUUUUGAAAAUUCCAGGAUUCACCGACAAUGUUGUCACUCAUCUUCUUGCUGGUCUAGGGGCAGGGUUUUUUGCAGUCUGUGUUGGCUCCCCUGUCGAUGUGGUUAAGUCGAGAAUGAUGGGAGAUUCUAGUUACAAAAGCACCCUUGAUUGUUUCGUCAAGACAUUAAAAAAUGAUGGACCUUUUGCCUUUUAUAAGGGGUUCAUACCAAAUUUUGGACGGUUAGGAUCUUGGAAUGUGAUAAUGUUCUUGACUCUAGAACAGGCUAAAAAGUUCGUCAAAAGCUUAGAAUCAGCUUGAGCUCAAACAGUUAUCAGUAGAAUUUUUUUAGGAGACUCUGCCCCCAACUGCAAUGGAAAUUCUCGAGAAAAUAAAGCUUCUCUUCAUUGUGUUAGUUGAAAUGUAUCAAAACAUUUAUUUUUUUUGAGGAAAAAUGUAGUAAUAAUGAGAAUAGCUUUGUGAUCUCUCUGUAACUCGGAUAAAAUUUUAUUAUUAGUUGGGCUUGGGCAUGGGGACUCCCUUUAAAUUUGAUGCGGUCCAAGCCCAACAGGUAGUGAAGCUGGAAAAAAAUGUGUUAGAACAUUUCAAGGAAGAAAAACAUGUGUUAGAAUAGAUGACUUAUUCAAUUGGGUGAAUAGAAUACUUCUUGAAAUCA